GGGAACUCGAAUGAGAAAAUUGACCUAUGAGACGGCAGGGCCUAGUUCUGGGUGUCGAGGCCCAGGCGGGAGGGCGCUUGUGCGAGGGCCCCCCAUCCGUCCUUGCCCUUUCUUCCCUGUUCUUACUGAGGCGAAGCCUGCAGAGUUGGGGUGGCGUUCAGUGCCCCCCCACCCCCCACUGCAGGAGCAUAUCUAAAGCCACGGGGAAAAUGGUGGAAAAUUCACCGUCGCCGUUGCCAGAAAGAGCGAUUUAUGGCUUUGUUCUUUUCUUAAGCUCCCAAUUUGGCUUCAUACUGUAUCUUGUGUGGGCUUUUGUUCCUGAAUCUUGGCUAAACUCCUUAGGCUUAACUUAUUGGCCUCAAAAGUAUUGGGCCGUUGCUCUGCCUGUGUAUCUCCUCAUUACCGUAGUCAUCGGUUACGUCCUCUUAUUUGGAAUAAACAUGAUGAGUACCUCUCCACUUGACUCCAUUCAUAAUAUCACAGAUAACUAUGCCAAAAACCAACAGCACAAGAAAGACCAAGAAGAGGCCAUCCCAGCACUAAGAGAUAUUCCUAUUAGUGAAGUAAACCAAAUGUUCUUUCUUGAAGCUAAAUAACUUUACACCAAGAACUUAAUUGUAUGUGGACUAAUACCAAACAUUUAUUAUAAAUUUUUGACAUAAAGGUUUGGACCAUACUAA